AAAAGGAUGCCAUGAGCUUUUCCAUUAUAUAUAUAGGAUUGAAGUCUCUUGUUGUAAACACCACUACUACAAUAUAUGUGAGCUUUGAUUCUCUCUAAAGUCUUGGCCUUUCUUUUUUUUUUUUUUCCUUUCUUUUGAAGAUUUAAGAAAAUGAAUGUCGUUGUGGUUGCUUUGUUUUUCGUUGUUCUUGUGCAUGGUUCUGUAGUUGCUAAUGAGGGUGGUGGGGUUGAUGACGACGACAAGCAUUUGUUACCUCAUCCCAUUCUCUUCAAGGGAGGAGGUCUAGGGCAUGGUAUAGGAGGCGGCAUUGGUGGAGGUGGUGGACUAGGUGGUGCGGGUGGUCUUGGUGGUGGUGCAGGUGGGGGAUUUGGUGGUGGUGGUGGUUUAGGUGGAGGUGCUGGUGGUGGCAUUGGCGGUGGGGCUGGAGGUGGGUUAGGUGGAGGUGUAGGUGGUGGUGGUGGUCUUGGAGGUGGUGGCGGUUUAGGUGGCGGUGGUGGUCUCGGGGGUGGUGGAGGUGCGGGUGGUGGGCUAGGUGGUGGCCAUGGCUUAGGUGGCGGUGGUGGUCUUGGGGGUGGCGGUGGUGGUCUUGGGGGUGGAGGAGGUGCGGGUGGUGGGCUAGGUGGUGGCCAUGGUUUAGGUGGCGGUGGUGGUCUUGGGGGUGGAGGAGGUGCGGGUGGUGGGCUAGGUGGUGGCCAUGGUUUAGGUGGCGGUGGUGGUCUUGGGGGUGGCGGAGGUGCAGGUGGCGGGCUAGGUGGAGGUGUAGGUGGUGGUGGUGGGCUUGGGGGGGGAGGUGGAGUUGGUGGAGGUGGUGGCCUAGGAGGGGGAGGUGGUGCAGGCACAUCUGGUGGGCUUGGUGGUGGAGUUGGGGGGGGAGGAGGCUUUGGUGGUGGCGGUGGAGGAGGAUUCGGUGGAGGCGGUGGUUUCGGUGUAGGUGGCGGUGGCGGUUUUGGCGGUGGAGCUGGCAUUGGUUCUGGUGGUGGUGUACGUUAAUUGCAUAUCAUUGCCACAUCAAAUAACCCAGCCUAUCUAGGAGCUCUUGAAAUAAUUAAUUGUGUUAUUAUGUUACAUAUUUUUGUUGCUGAAGAACUUUAGAAGGGUGUUUUAACUGUUUUGAUCAUUCGUAACUUUAAGUUGAAAUGUUUUGCUGUCGGUGUUUUUUUUUUAAACAGUUUUGUCAUGGAAACUGUCUAGGGGAGGGAUGUGCACUUUUUAGUAGCUUGAGUUACUGGGCCACACGGCCCAAGUGCUGCUGUCGGUGUUUUUAGAUUAUAAAAUAAAUUAUCUUUUUAUUCGUGUAAUGUAUUAAUUGUAAAUUAUUUAAAUAAUAUGAUUUCUUUAAU